GACUCUGUGUUCGCCACCGCCUUCGGCCUGACCUCAGCCCUGGGUCUGCCCCUGAACGCUCUGGCUCUCGUCUUCUUCUUCCGCUGCGCGGCCGUGCGCUCCCACACCACGGUCUACAUGAAGAACCUGGCCUGCGCCGACCUGCUGCUGGCCGCCUCGCUGCCCGUCCGGGUCGCCUUCUACACGGACGCCUGGCACCCAGAGGCGCCGCCGCGGCUGGCUUGCGAGAUCUCCGGCAUGGUCUUCCUGGUCAACAUGUACGCCAGCAUCUUCUUCCUCGCCUGCAUCAGCCUGGACCGCUGCGCCGCUAUCUGCUUCCCCAUGAGGUCCCGGCUGAGUGGGGCGAGGAGGGGAGCCCCCUGGUACAGUGCUCUGGUCUGGCUGGUGGUGGUGGGGGCCAGCCUGCCUCCCUACCUGUACCUCAAGCUGGGCAAAGGGCUAGAAGGUCAACAAAACGCCAACACCUCCAACACCACCUACUGCUUCAAGGACCGGCCGAACUACGUGUCAAACCCGGCCGCUCUGGCCUUCGCCCUAUUGAUGGGGUGCGGGGUACCCCUGGCCACCGUGCUGGCCUGCUCUCUGGCGCUGCUCAGGUCCGUCCGCCGGAGCCCGGCCGCCCGGCAGGACUGGCCCCGGGUGCGCAACACGGUGGCGGUCACUUUGGCCGUCUUCGCCCUCUGCUUCCUGCCCUACCACAUGGUCCUCCUGCUGAUGCUCGUGGAGCCGUCGACGAAGGACUUCGGCCUCGACCGAGCCUACCACGCCGCUGUGCCGCUGGCCUGCCUCAACACCGUGCUAGACCCCGUCUGCUACUACUUCGCCACCGAGACUUUCCAGAAGAGCCCUGGCGUCCGGGCGCUGAGGAACGCGCUGAUCACCAACACGGGCAGCGAUGCCCAACAACGCUCAAGGGGCAACCACUGAACUCC